AUGGCAACUAAAAUUUCCACGGAAUUAUUGAUUAUGAUUUUAAAUAAUGUUCAAUCAACUCAAGAUUUAUAUUCAUCAUUUUUAGUUAACCGAUUCUGGUGUAAAGUUACUGUACCUAUACUUUGGGAAUUACCUUUGGGUCAAGAAUGUUGUACAGAUGAUAAGAAGUUGAGGAAGAAAGCAUUAUGUAUUCGAACUUAUAUAUCAUGUAUGAAUACUCACACUAGAACUUUACUUACUCAAAAUGGAUUGGAUUUAUCAUCAUCACCACCUCAAACCACUUUUGAUUAUCCAUCUUUCACUCAUAAAUUUAUAGUUAAUAAUUUAGUUAAUUUUAUUUCCAAAUAUUUACCACAAAUUAUUGAUCCGGAUCAAGAUAAUUGCAAUAUUGGUGAUGAGACUUAUGAGGAAAUCGUCAUAAACAAAUCGAGAAUAUUAUUUAGUGAGAUAUGUAAAUUAAUAAUAGAUCAUUGUACAUAUUUAGAUUCUUUCGAAAUGACGGGAGCCAAAUGUUUUUCUAGGAAUUUUCUAGAUUAUGGUGAUUUAAUUGGUUCAAUUUUCAAGUUAUCUGGUGCCUCGAAAGUAUUUAAGAAAUUAGAAAGCUUUACUUCGACGAUAGAAAAUAAUGAACAGAUUUAUCCAUUAUAUGAAUCAUUAAAACUAAUUUGUGAUAAUAUUUUAAAUAUGGAUUUGAAAUUGGACUUAUAUUUUCAAGUACAAUUAUUAGCGGAACUUAUAAGUGCUCAAAAACGUUUGGAAAAUCUAUCAAUUGGGGCUAAAUAUUAUCAAGAUUAUAAUUCAAUAUUUCGGGCUAUCAUUAGUCAAAAAGAAACAUUAAAGUGUCUUCGUUUAAAUUUUUUAAUCUUUCAUCACUUCGAGAGAAAAUCAUCACCAAUUGGACGAUUUACUUCACUUCAAGAACUUUAUAUUGAAGAUUGUCAUGGAUUACAUAAAUGGAAUUGUUUAUCCUUGGCUGCAGCAUUUACUCAAUUAAGUAGUUUUCAUUUUAUAUAUACAUAUAAAGGGUAUCCACAAAAAUUUAUUGUGAAAAUUCUCGAAACAGCCAAUGAAAAUUUAAGAAAUAUCCGUCUAAGUUUAUAUGACACAAUUCCAUUUGAUAUAUUUUCGGCCAUUUUAAAUUAUUGCACAAAUAUUACCGAAUUAACUUUAUUAAAUUUAAGUUCUGAACAAGUAAUAGCAAUAUUUAAUAAUAAUUUUAAUGAAUUAAGAAAUUUUUCAUUUGAUUGUGGAAUGGAAAGAAUUGAUGCUGAUAAAUUAUUAUGUCAAAUGGCCAAAAAUGUACCGGAAUCACUUGAAACUAUUGAAAUUAGAAUGAAUUAUUAUAAUCCAUGGAUAUUUAGUGCUGAUGAUUUAAGAAAAUUCUUUGAAGGGUGGUGUCGUAAAGGAAGAGAAGGAAAUAAAAAGAUUAUUGUAAAACGUUCAGAACAGUUAAGACGAUCGAGAUUUAAAUUAAGUGAUGAACAUUUUAAAGUUAUUAAAGAAUAUGGACUUAAAUCAUUAUAUUUAAUGAAUUAA